AUGUGCACGAUCGAAACGAUUUCACAAGAUCAUUCCAAGUUAGACUCAGCUACAGUUGCUGAUGCUAUAAGGCCAUUGGUCGAGAUGGACCCGUCCAUCAAGGUGAAAUCUAUAAUUGCGGAAGUCCAGUCAAGGUUCAACUAUACCAUUAGUUACCGAAAGGCUUGGUUGGCAAAGCAGAAGUCCAUAGCUAACAUUUUCGGUGGUUGGGAGGAUUCUUACCAAGCCUUGCCAUGGUGGCUCUCGGUCAUGGUGCAGAAGAUACCUGGUUUAGUUGUCCAAAUAGAAACACGACCACUAUACAACGGGAAUGAGGAGGCGCAAGGUGUAAAAAUACUUCAUCGUGUAUUUUGGAAUUUCAAUCCAUGUAUUAGGGCAUUCAGGCAUUGCAAGCCCCUGGUUCAGGUUGACGGCACACACCUAUACGAAAAAUACAAAGGUACACUUCUAGUCGCUGUUGCACAAGAUGGGAACCAGAACAUGGUGCCUAUCGCCUUUGCCUUAGUGGAAAGGGAGACAGCUGAUACGUGGCACUUCUUUCUCAGGAAUCUGCGAAUGUAUAUUGUUAGAAAAGACGGCGUGGGUAUGAUCUCAGACCGAUAUGAGUCAAUAUGGGCAGCAGUAAAUCAUUCCGGUGGCGACUGGCAACCUCCAAGAGCAUGGUGGAUGUUUUGUAUAAGACACAUCGGCAGUAACUUCUUAAGGGCAUUCAAAGUCCCUCACUUGCAAAAGCUUGUUGUCAACAUAGGGUAUUCAAGAAUGGUGGAGGAGUACAAUAUCAACUAUAAAAGGUUGGAAGAGCGAGGCGAGGCAUAUGCCAGGUGGUGCGAUGCCAUUGGACUCAGACAUUGGGUAUUGGCAUUCGACGAGGGACAUCGAUGGGGUCAUAUGACAACGAACCUUGUCGAGUGCAUUAACUCAGUGUUGAAGGGUGCCCGUAAUCUACCUAUGUUGGCGCUGGUCCGAGCAACAUAUUAUAGGUUAAAUGAACUUUUUACGCGAAAGAAUGUCGAGACUCACGAACGCAAGCGUCCUGGAUAUACGUACUCUGCAUUUGCACAACAGCGGAUAGAAGCAAGUAUGCAACAGGCUGGAAAUAUAGUUGUGCACCGCUUUGAUAGACGAAAUGAGGUGUUUGAGGUGCGUAAAAUGACUACUGGAAAGGUGCUAGUUGUUGAUCUUGCGCGACGGACGUGUGACUGUGGGCACUUUCAGGUUGAACAAAUACUAUGUCGCCAUGUUAUUGCUUGCUGUGCUAACCAGCGUCUCGAUUGGUAG